CUAAUGCGCUGCCAUAUUUUUAUGAUGUUCAUAAAUUAUUCAUUUGAGUUGACAUCGCCACCAAUCUAUUACAUUUAUGUAUCCAUUGCUUGUCAAAUUUGACGUUUUCCGCAAGCAGCCAGCAAGAAAGAAAUCGGCGAGCAACUAUAUUUACCGAAACGUACAAAACGACGACAUUAUGGGUAAUGCUUAUGCACGUGCCAUUAAGCCAGAUGUAAUGCCUGGUCCUGAUUGUGUGCCCACAUUCGACCCAAUGUUGGGUUUCGAAUCACGCAAAGAGCGUGUCAUGAUAGCGACUGUCGAAGAGAUGGAAUCUGCUAAAUUGCCACUCGAAGAUCGUGACUACUGUGCACACAAGUUGCUUAAAUACCGUGCAUGCCGUGCUGAUACCUUCCCCUUUGUAUACAAAUGUCAUCAUGAGAAACAUGACUAUUUAACAUGCGAAUACGAGGACUACGUGUUGCGUAUGAAGGAGUUUGAACGCGAGCGAAGAUUGCGCGAACGUCAAAAGCAGAUCGAGAAGCAGGGUGCUUAGAAUUUAGGAUAUUAAAUGCUUAAAAAAGUUUUGUUAUACAAAUGUGAUGGCAGUUGAUUGCGGUUCUGUGCUGUUACUAAAGAAACUGUUUGGACCGCUAAACAACUUGCACGGUGUCACAUUCAAUUUUCAAGCAAAUAGUCAAUGAAAAUAUAUUCUAUAAAUAAAGCGGAAUUAAACAAACGA